UGCUCUCUGUGUAACGGCGCACAGAGCUCAUAUAGGCUACACAGAACAAGACCAACAUUUGACAUAUACUGUACAAUCAAGGGCCGGCAAGGAGAAAGCCAAAGAGGACAAGCCAGCAAAGAUGAAGAUUACUGCGACAAGCCUGAUGCUCUGCACAGCCAUUCUGGCUGGUGUCGUGUCAAGCUACCCCUUCGAAAGGAAGACCGCAUCAGGGAAGGAGCAGAAUGGGAGGUACGCCUCCUGGGACGACGUGAACGUGAUCGCCCACGGUCUCCUGCAACUGGGCCACGGCCUGAAGGAGCACGUGGACAAGACAAAGGGACAGAUGAGAGACAUCACCACCAAGCUCAAGUCCUUCAACGGCACAGUGACCGAGCUGGGCAAACAGACCCAGCGUCUGCAGGAAGAUGGAGAGGCACUGAAGGCCAAGGCGCGGGCGCUGGAGGAGCGAGAGAACCAAGUGCUCAACAUCUCCACGGAGCUCUGGGAGAAAGCAGAGCAGCUCCAGCAGGACAGGCAGAAGGUCCAAGAGAGGAUAGGCAAGCUGGAGGAAAAGGUGGACGGCAUGCUGCAAGGAGAGGGACCAGAGACCAUCAACAAAAGCGAUGCCCACAUCAUCCAAUGGAUGUUGGAGGCACAAAACCGAAGAAUUGAUGACCUAGUGGAGAGAAUCCGCGUACAGCAAGAGAAACUGGAGAAGCAGAACGUGCGCAUACGCACGCUUCAGAAUCAGAUAAAACAGAGGAAAGACAGGAGCUCUCUGAGACGGAAAGUGGACGAAGCCGCUCUCAAUGGCAGCAUUGAACAAGGCGAUUCACCAAUUGACAUGGCUGUAGAUUGUCACGAAUUGUUCCUGCAAGGAGAGAGUACCAGUGGAGUGUACACCAUCCAGCCAAUCAACUCCCAGCCCUUUGAAGUCUACUGUCAAAUGACAUCAGAAGGUGGAUGGACAGUCAUUCAGAGACGUCAAGAUGGCUCGCUGGAUUUUGACCAGUUGUGGCAGGCCUAUCAGAACGGCUUUGGCAAGCUUGAAGGCGAGUUCUGGUUGGGGCUGGAGAAGAUUCACACUCUGUCCCAACAAGGGGACUACAUUCUGCAUGUGGAAUUCUCUGACUGGAAGGGCGAGAGCCAGACCAUCAAGUACCCAUUCCACCUGAGCGGAGAGGAGAACAGCUAUUCUCUGCACCUGCAGGGAGGCUCCUCUGGGGACCUGGAGAGUGCCUUGACUUCAGACCCCUCUGGAGUUCCCUUCUCCACCCGAGACAGAGACAAUGACCAGAAGACCGAUAUGAACUGCGCCAAACACCUCUCCGGUGGCUGGUGGUUUAGCAACUGUGGGCACUCCAACCUGAACGGCAAGUACUUCAACAGCCCUCCUCCCAAACAGAGGCACCAGAGAAAGCAGGGGGUGUUUUGGAAGACCUGGCGAGGGCGCUAUUACCCCCUGAAGACGACCGUCAUGAAGAUUGCCCCAGCCGAGAUUGAUUAUAAAUAAGAGGAGGCAGGUGUGGUUCUCCUGAAUUUGUCCUCUUAAAACAAAAUACUCACAGCAAGUAGGGGAAAAAGAGGGACUGACCUGUGCCCCUGGGACUGACCUGUGUAACAACCAGGCUGUCAGAAGUAUUCAGAUGGCUGUCAGAAAGAAGACUCGCUGCAAGUCAUUCUGUGGAAGGCGCAGCGGACACUCAAUUUAAUGCAGAGACCAAACUGUCUACAUUAUCAUCUUUAAACAUAGCCUUACAAAUAUAGGGACCAAGGUACUAUAUUAUUCCAAGGUUUGACAACUGGAUGUUGGUAGGGAAAAAAUGAAAAUGAACAUAUAAUAUUGGAAGAAAUGAUUGGUUGUGGGAAAUGGUUUCACAGUCUUUUCUAAGAAAUGUGGUAAUGUAUACUCCCAGAUUACAUUUUGAGCAUUGAUUCAUACCAGAAUGCUAUGUUUCUCAUUAAGCUUAGUUCACAGCUUUUAAAUCUAACCAUGAAAAUGUAUUAAGACCCACCUGAGAGGCUGAUUCUGGCCAGAGUUAUCACAUGGCACAAGAUAGUCAUGGAUGACACCCAGUCCCUUAUUGAAUAAAAAAAAGUGUACACGAACAGCUGGGUGCCAUAAGCAGAGAAGCUUUAUCCAUCAAAAAAAAUUUUAAUGGCAUAAGCAAACCAAAAAAACACUAUCAAAAAAGGUGCUUUUUAUAAUGUACUGUUAUUUAUGUCCUGGUGUAAAUGAUGUUACGACUUCAGAGAACGUCGCACAGUCAGUUAUGGUAAUUAUGAACAUGUGUAUCCAUUCCAGCCAUUGAAACAGGUCACAGAGAGCUCUGCCUGUACCUGUAAAGUUGAUCCUAGGUCAAAGAGAACCCCUACUCCACUGACUGUCACAUGGAGAUUAUCUCUCAGUCAUAUUGACUGGUUCUGAUGGACAACCUCCACCUGUACACAAGGCAAAUGUGGUGUCCAUCUUCUGUACAGUGCCUCCAAAUAUUAUUUCUGUUUUCAGAUUUUAUUUUAUUGUAGCAAGUUGCGAUGUUUUCUGUAUUAAAGUUCUUGUUCAUAUUUCUAAUUUAAAUACUGUAAAAAGUGACUACCUUUCUGAUGUAAGAAGUUUUUUUUAAGUUAUAUUGACCCAAAUGUAGAUUCCAUAAAAAUACAAAACGAAUGGCUAACAGUUGGAUGGCUUUGAUUGCAUCAAUAAACUGAAUAUGGAAACUUAAAA